CGGGAGUGCGGGCUCGGGACGCAUCCGGGUCGGCCGGGGGGCUGCAGGGGUUAGGUGGCAGGCAGGCGGCCCUCGCUCAGCUCGGUGACCUCGCUGCGCGGGCAGCUCAGACGCGCGUGGAGACAGAGAUGAGUGACGUCAGGGAGGGAGCCCAGUGAUGUGCCAAGAUGCAGGAUUCGUGUGUGAACUGAAUCCGCUACUCCCCUGGUCUCCUGUUGAGAGUGGUGCCUGCACUUUCCAGGGAUGUACAUGCAGGUGGAGACGCGCACGAGCUCCUGCCUCCAUCUGAAGAGGGCUCCGGGCAUCAGGUCCUGGUCCCUGCUGGUUGUGAGGAGAAUCUUGUCGAUUGGCCUGGCUGCUGCCUACUACAGUGCAGAUAGUCUGGGCUGGAAGCUCUUCUAUGUCACGGGCUGCCUGUUUGUGGCUGUGCAGAACCUGGAGGACUGGGAGGAAGCUGUCUUCGACAAGAGCACUGGGAAGGUCGUGCUGAAGACGUUUAGCUUGUACAAGAAGCUGCUGACUCUUUCCAAAGUAGGCCACGACCAAGUGGUGGUCUUGUUGAAUGACAUCCGGGACGUGAACGUGGAGGAAGAGAAGGUGCGGUACUUUGGGAAAGGCUACAUGGUGGUUCUGCGGUUUGCGACGGGCUUCUCCCACCCCCUCACCCAGAGCGCUGUCAUGGGCCACCGCAGUGAUGUGGAAGCCAUCGCCAGGCUCAUUGCCACCUUUCUGGAGCUGCACCGCCUCGAGAGUCCCGUGGAGCUGUCUCAGAGCAGCGACAGUGAGACCGACAGCCCUGGAAGCCAGAGCUGACACCCCUGGAGGCCCUGGCCUUGGUUCUGACAGCACUUCAGCAGGCCCGAUGGGCUGCCUGCCAAUCUCCCUCCUCACCCGACUGUGUCCCUGGCAGCCCCAGGGAGGCACCCUGCUGUUCGAUCUGCCCUUUGAACUAAACCACAGCUGGACCUCCUCUGCAGCCUCCAAUGUGUCCAGGGAGGGCAUGGGCCCCCUGGAGUCAGACUGUGCCAGCCUGGACGGUGUGGGGUGUGAGUGCGAUGGGCUCCCAAGCCACCAGCUGUGUUGGGCUCGAGCCUCUGAAAUGGGAAGAACGCUGAGGCUCCCCAGGGCACAAGGCUGAGGCUGGCAUUCCUGCCCUGAGAUGGAGCACUGAGGUGGGGAGGGAGGUUGGCCAGCACAGAUCCCGCGGGAUCCAGUGCGCAGGUUACAGCGGGGCUUCAGCAGGCCAGUGUGGGGCCAGCGGCUGGGUCAGGCUCUGAAGACAUAGGCCAGCGUUUUCCCAGAAUCCCAGCGUCUUCGUCCGGCCCCCAUGCAGCACCCUUCUCCUGUCCAGACGUCCCCAGUAGUCACAAGUGUGCUUGCUUGUGGGCUGCUGGGGGGCAGAGUGGACACUGCAAGGCCCACCUGGCUGCUGCAGACCACUCUCUUACCAAGGUGGCUCAUCUCGUAUCCAACCAAGAUUGCAGCUGGGCUGUCGGGGAGCAUCCUCUCCCCUCCCUCCUAGGCCAAGACUGCUUGGCAAGAAACGAUGUUACCUAGUUCAGCCUGGUGCCUUCAAACCAGGACACCUCCCUUAGAAAUCAGAGUCCCAGCUUCUCCUGAGCCCUGGGAAGACCUGACAGUCGGGCUCUGCGUGGCUGGAAGUGGGCUGUGCCCACGCAAGCUGGACCCUGAGAACAGGGCUCGAGGCUGCAUGUGGGAACUGCCGGGGAGAGCCCAGAGCAACACCGUCUUGCCCAGACCAGGGCUGCGGCUGCCUGGGGGAGUAAGCAGUUUCUAGGGAUCCUCUCCUUUCUCAGCAGUGGCUGCCGAUCAGCCCUUCGUUUGAGUAUACAGUAAUUCAAACCUGCCAGUUAGGUUUUUUCAAGGGCCAAAUCCAAAAUGCUUUUUCUCUAAAAUAAAAAGUGUGAAACGCUGUAA